ACGCGGAAGCGAGUCGUGCCAUAGUUCACUGUCAAAAGGUGUUAACCAAGACAUUUUCCUGCGGUAUUUCUUGACAAUGGCCGAAAGAACCGAUAACGGCAUUAAGGCACGAGUGGUUCUGCAGCAGUGUCUACAUGCACGACUCCAGGUUAAACCUCCAGACGCAGAAAUUGAUGCUGAAUGGGUUGAGAUCAAUAGGGGGAUGGUGAUCUACAUUUGCUUUUUCAAAGGCGCCACUGAAGAUAUAAUUCCCAAAAUGGUGACAACAUUGCUAAACAUGAAGCUUUGUGAGACAUCUACUGGAAAAUACACCUCAGUCCUUGAACUACCUGGCAGUGUUCUUAUUGUACCCCAGGCCACACUUGGGGGGAAACCAAAAGGAAAGGGGAUGCAGUACCAUUGUAUCAUUGGGAAAGAUGAAGGGUUGAAGCUCUAUUACACCUUUGUGUCUCUGUGUCAAAGUGAACUCUCUACCUGCCAAAAAACGGAUACGUUUACAGAGGUUAAACAUGGAACUUAUGGAAACAGACAGGUCCUGAAGCUAGAUACAAAUGGACCUUAUACUCAUCUGAUGGAGUUUUAGGAGUGGAAAGUUUAAUUUUUUUGUAAUGUGAUCAAUGGGUAAAGACCAAUGGACCUAAAGUAAAUGCACAUUUAUGGUUUCACUCCUGAAUAAAAUAUAUUUAAAAGCCUGUAAAAUAGGUUUGUG